AUGAUUGUAAGGCGCGGUAACAACAACUCAUCAACCUACAGAGGCCGCUUUAGUCUAAUCCCGCGAACUGGUUAUUCACAAACGAUCUUUGAGGGUCCACUCCAUAUCAAAGGCGACGGCGACGAGGCCGUCUGGCCGUUUGCAAUUACGCUUCCGAAAUAUGUUGAUCCAGAAACUUACAGUGGCGCCAACCAGAAAGAAAGCUACCUGCCCCUUCAAAACAGGGUCUAUGACUUGCCAUCGACUUAUACCCUUCGCACCUCAGGUAGCACGGAAGGUUUUGUCGAAUACUUUUUAACAGCCACUUUGCGUCUUACCGGCCAAGGACACCAUGACAUGCCCGAAGCUACGCUACCCUUCCAGGUUUUGACUUUGAGAAAUGAUCCACCCAUUGCAGAUUUUGGGCUUCGACAUUCCUCUAAUCACCGAACAGUAUCAAGUUACCGACUUAUACCCGGAAUGGAGGAAAUGAAGCUAUCGUUUUCUCAAAAAAUGAAACGGUCGUUCAAUACUUCCGGUGUCCCAGAUUUCCACUUCAACUUAAUAGUGAAUAUACCCACAGUUCUUCAGCUGGACAACCCUACACCAAUAUCGUUCAAAUUACAGGCCGUUCCAGACUGGAAGCAAACCAGCGAAGUCAUUAGAGACGUGCCACAAAAGGUAAAACUGAAUUGGCUGAACCUGUCCAUUAUGGAAAUCACCGAAAUUAAAUGCGAAGGAACAUUCUCACCCCAUACCAAGGAGAAGGACUCGACAACUAGUCUUUGCGUCAUGAAUUCGAUGAACACACUCGGAACCAGUUUAUUCAUUCCUUUCAACGAAGAACCUCCGCUUGAUAUUGGGGAGCUGGUCGAUUUGCGCCUUGGAAGAUCAACCGCCGGUUUCUCUCGGCAACUAAACUCUGGAAGAAAUGCAUUUACCCCCAGUUUCACAACUUUUAAUAUUCGCCACUGGCAUAGGCUGCAUUGGGAACUGCGUGGUGAUAUCGCCGGAGAGCGCUUUAACGUUUCAGGUGCAGUACCUUUGACGAUAUUGACGCCAAGCGAUGAGCAAGGGCAACCAGUCCAGAUUUCACUGGAGGGAAGUGGUUUGGAGACGGAUGCAAGAGCUGGGCCGUCGGUGCAGCGGAACGAAUCAUGGAUUCAGCCUCCAGAUGAAGAGGAAGCACCACCUAGCUUUGCUCAAGUUCAGCAAGAAGAUCUUAAGGCAGGAUAG